CCAGUCCUCCCGCACCAACGCCAUUCCCGCCAAACGCCCUCUCCCCCAGGCACCGCGACAAUUCUACUAACACAGCUUCGAAGCGCUAUGCGUAGUUAAAGUGCAUUUCUCUCCCCUUGCCUUGGACGUGUUUACACCGCCGCGACGCGCGUGUUUUGCAUCUACGACAACUACCACCCACACAUCCGCCAUGUCAGGACGCAGCAAGGCACCCGCCAUUGGGUCCGCCCCAUGGAUCCUCGAGGAGCGACACCAGGCCAACGACCUCGUGGCGCAAGAAUCCGAGGACUUUGGCUUCUCUGUCCGCAAUGAGCUGGAAUGGCUCAACGAGCACAUGAUGGACAUAUUCGCCAACAACGGGCAAAACAACCUCGACGUAUUCAAGACGCCCGGGAAGCUGCGCGGGAAGACGCCUCGCACCGCGCGCAAGAGGAUCGUGGCCGAGCCGCGCCAGCCACUCGCGAAUUUGCUUGAUGCAAACGCCCAACGUCUACCGAGCGCUGCCGAAGAGAGCCUGAUGGGCAACCUACAGAAGAACUCGACGAAGACACACUUCCAGAUUGCCCAAGACGCAGAAAAUGCCGCACGAACGCAGUCGCCCGCUGCGAAGACACCCAUAGCGCGACAGCUGUUUUCCAAGCCAUCGGACAACGGCAAGGAGAAUGUCGAUACCAGCUACCAUGACUAUGCCGUUGACGAGCGGCCCGCAGAAAACACCGGCGCACUGUGGAGCCCUGUACAACUGACCCAAGACACAGUCAUGACUUCGGAAGCAGACGACGUCUUCUCUCCUCCAGCGACCCAAUCCACACAACCCACGCAGGCGGGUCAUUCCUUCCGGCAUUCCAUUCACGACGAUGAUGAGGAUGAUGAUGAGAAAGACGAACGAGACGAGAAAGAUGAGCGACAUGACACUGGCGAUUCUUUCGUCUCGGCAAACGAGGGAUAUGCGAAGAAGCACCAGGACGAUGUCAUGGACGUUGAGAAUGACAAGGCAGACACAUCACGUUCUGACGCAGAGGGCACCGUCGUGCGUCACGACCUUAGUUCGGCCGACGAGGACGAGGAUGAGGAUGACGGCGGAGAGAUACAGAACGUGCCCGAGUUUCCGCAACCGUCUCGCGUCGUGUCCGAGCAAUACAGCAUUUCCGCAGAGACCCACGAGGCGCUUCACACAGCGAACCAACAAACCCAUCUACAAGAACCCCAGACCCUCUUUUCGCCGGCGCAGUCCACCACACCAGCUGGCCUUCCACCAACUUCUCCCAACGUUGUUCAACAUGACGAUACCCUUGUCCACCACGAUGAGGAAGAGCAGAUGGAUGUCGACGACAAUGUACGCUCGCCUUCGGACGACUCCGACUCUAGCUCCAGCCCUGUGAAGCCGCUCGUUAGGAAGAGUAGCCUCACGUUUGCGUCCCUACCUGCACGCGAGCCAAUCCUCGCAAAGAAGAGUAUGGGCAACCGCGUCUCGCGAACCAGCCAUGUCGAUCAACAUAGGGCUCGCAGCAGCCACAUGGGCAGGUUUACAGGAGGCAAGAGCCUGGGAGCGUCCCAGGCUGUACUCGCUGCUGAGGCGCACCAUGAUGAACUGGUGGACGAGGAAGAGGAAGAGCAACGUCCAGAACUCCAAAGAGAGGAAUCAGAAACAACAAAGAUCCACAACCACACAUCCACGCAACGUCUGUUCGACCGCAUCAACAUGCUCAAGCAACAAAACAAAGCACCCAAGCCAGUUAGUCAGCCCGCGGUUGCAUCACAGCCAUCUCAACCUCAGGACACCCCGUCGCAAACAUGGGAAAACCCAGCACCGACCCAGGUUUCACAACCAUCAUACCCCCAACUACCAGCGGCCGAACCAGAGAGCGCCGAUGACGAUGACGAUUGGAUAUCCGCACCUGCCCCCGGUCUCGCCAAACCACUCUUCAACAAGAGUUAUUCUGCAAGCACACAUCCGUUGCUUGCUGAAGCGGUCGCCAAGCUCACCUCUGCCUCCGAUCCUGAUCUGUCGACCGUUGCGGAAUCUACUACUCCAAUCGGCUCUCCAGUUGGGAAGAAGUACAUGGAUGGUCCCCUCAGCGCGUCAAAGGCCAAAUUCUACUCGGCACUUCGUGCAGCCAAGGAGAAGAUUAUCGGCUCAAGUGCCGCGAGCGCUCAAGUCAAGAUGGACGGUCUCCCGCAAAGUCCAGUGAGGCCCAAGUCGCAAGUACUGCUUUCAUCAGACGAAGUCUUUAGCAGCCCGAUGCGGAACGACAAGGCAAACUCCCUCUUCUCUCACAUGCGCUCUCCGUCCAAGGAUUCCAUCAAGUCUGCCAAGUCAUACAAGAUGCCUAGCAGCCCUUUGAAAGAAGAUAGCCGACGCACUCGUAGCUCGACUGAGCGCGAAAAGCGCAAGGAAAAGGAGACCAGAGAGAAGGAGGUCAAGGACGCCAAGCAGAAGCGUAGUGAAGACAAGUUGAGGGAAAUACGGGAGAAGGAGCAGUCCAAGGCCGCCGUUCAACAUCAGAAGAGCAAGGUGGCCAUGUCGAAAUUACAAUCCGCGAUGUCAUCGCAAACCAGCAUCCGACAGGGCGCAGCUACGCCAGUGAGCAAACCAGCAGUUGUGGCCGCGCCUCAACCACUUCCUCGACCCAUCCCCACUCGAACCGACACUGCUUCUACAUCGGACGAUGUUGACUCCGCUGAUGAAAUGCCGCCUCCACCACCACCAAAAAGCCUGUUACCAACUACCAAAACUACAAAAGCCUCCUUACGGGAACCCAGAAAGCUCGUCAAGCCCACAAGCAAGGACGCGUUACCGAAAGCAAAGGCACCACAAAAGAUCAUGGUCAACCUAAACAGCAGCAGAUACGGCCAGGCUCCUCCCCCAGCUCCACGACCUGCGUCGGCUGCAGCAAACAAAGCUCUUCCAGCAGCUCCUCAGGCUAUCUCCAAACCUACUGCCCCUGCUCCGAAACCCGCACCUUCACGACCAGCCUCAGCCUUGUCCAAAUCUACUGGACCAGGAUCCAGAACUGCUCAACCCGCUCCCAAGCCGGCGGCUCCCCGCGUUGUUCGACCACAGCCACAAGCUGUCGAAAAGCCAAAAGCUCCAGCACCACCUCGAGCAGAUCUUGGAAACGCCAGACCCGUCUCUAGAAUGCAGACAGUACAAGAUGCUAACCGCAUCAUUGUACCUCCUGUUAACCCCGCAAAGCCAGCCAAGCGACCAUUCCAGGGCGAGAACGACGAGACAAUACACCGUCCCGCCAAGCGACCGUCACAACAAGCGAAGAUGAACCCGAUCACGCCUGCGCACGCGCAGUUCGCAAAGGGCAAGAUCCCCUUCGCUGAGCCAGCCUACGCCCCACAACCACAACCUCUCCAACAACAGCAACAACAACCACCCCAAAUCCAAUACACCAACGGCGACGACAUCAAACUCCCCGAAAUCAUGACCGACUCGGAAGACGAAGACUCGGACAACGAGUUCGAGCAGCCCAGCUGGGUCAACACGCCCAACCUGCGCGAAAUGCUCUCGACGCAGCAGCUCAUGGACCCGGAGCAGAUCUUCGGCCCCAUCGCGCCCCUCAACAUGGAACAGGUCUUCCCCAAUAAGGAGCGCCACAAGCGCUUCCGCGAACGCACUAGUAGCGCUUACUGGGCAAACGACGAGCUGACCACCGAGGAGAAGCGCAAGGAGCGCGAGGCCAGGGAACGCCUUGUACGCGAGGGCGCGUGGACGUAUAAUCCCUCGCCGCGCCCGACUGGUAGACCGGGGCCGUCGCACUAGAUUGUGUUGGACACGAACGUGAAAUAUGGGAAUAUGAUGGCUGGUGUUGGCAUUAAUUAGAACUGGGCACUGGGUGUGUAAUGAAGCGGGCUGAUGCAUGAGCAAGAAUUUGGCAUACAAUACAUAUGACUGGAAGGGCCGCGGUGUUUUUGGGAGUUGAGUUGGUGUCUGAGCAUUAGUUUGUUACGCUACGAUGGAGUUUGUUGUGCAUUUUUUGGCGUUUUUUGGGGAACUAUCGACCGCCCCUCUGUGGCUGAGUUACUUGUUUUUUUGUAGAUCUUCUUUUCACUGCAUUGGAAUGAUAUUCUGU